CCUCACACAAAGAAAACGAAGAUCAAUGUUCAGUAUCAGGCAGAUGAAGAUGCCCCUGUUGACCAAUCUCCUGACCCCGGGUCUCCGGGCCCUGCAUUUCUCUGGGACCAGAUGUGCUUCUUCAGGAACUCUUCAUAUAAAAGAUCCUCUCAACUUCUGGUGUGGUAGUCGGGUUGACCUCAAAGAUGUGAAAAGGAAAUCUGAGCCAGUGUUUGAGCCUGCAACAGGACGAGUCUUGUGUCAGCUGCAGGCUUGUGGGGCAGCAGAGGUUGACGCAGCUGUUAAAAGUGCCAGUGCUGGUUUCACAGAAUGGAGUAGACUGGCCGGCAUGGAAAGAGCCAGAGUCAUGCUAGAGGCAGCAAGAAUCAUUGAGAAGCGACGGGAGGAGAUUGCUGAGUUGGAGGUGGUCAAUAAUGGAAAAUCAAUCACAGAAGCCCGUCUAGAUGUGGACUCCGCCAGACAAUGCAUUGAGUAUUUUGCAGGACAGUCCACCACCCUUUCAGGGCAGCACGUUCAGUUAUCCGGAGGUUCAUUUGCCUACACACGUAGGGAGCCGCUCGGUGUAUGUGUGGGAAUAGGAGCCUGGAACUAUCCAUUCCAGAUUGCAGCCUGGAAAUCAGCCCCUGCCAUCGCUUGUGGCAACUCAAUGGUAUUCAAGCCGUCACCAGUGACCCCAGUGACUGCAGUGCUGCUGGCUGAGAUUUAUUCACAGGCUGGGGCUCCACAGGGCCUGCUUAACGUGGUGCAGGGUGGAGAAGAGACAGGCUCUCUGCUGUGUCAUCAUCCAUCUGUGGCUAAAGUCUCCUUCACUGGAAGUGUGCCCACAGGCAAGAGAAUAAUGGAAAUGGCUUCCAGAGGUGUAAAACCAGUGACUCUGGAGCUUGGUGGAAAAUCACCGCUGAUCAUCUUUGAAGAUAGUGACUUCGAGAACGCCAUCAGAGGAGCACUUAUGGCCAACUUCCUUUCUCAGGGCCAGGUGUGUAGUAAUGGCACUAGAGUUUUUGUUCAACGCUCAAUUCUUCCUCGGUUCUUGGAAGAAGUGGUAAGAAGAACUAAAGCCAUCCAGAUAGGAGACCCUUUACUUGAAGAGACUCGUAUGGGAGCCCUGGUCAGUAAACCACACUUGGACAAGGUUAUGGGAUAUGUGAAGCAAGCUAAGAAAGAGGGAGCCAAUGUGCUUUGUGGAGGGGAGCCCUUUACCCCUACAGAUCCUAAUUUGAAAGAUGGAUACUACAUGACACCUUGUGUGCUUGACAACUGCACAGAUGACAUGACGUGUGUAAAAGAGGAGAUUUUCGGACCUGUGAUGUCAGUACUGUCCUUUGACACUGAGGAGGAGGUUCUCAGGAGAGCCAAUGAUAGUAUGCUGGGUCUUGCUGCAGGAGUCUUCACCAAAGAUGUUAAGAGAGCCCACCGUGUUGUUGAAAACCUCCAGGCUGGAUCUUGCUUUAUCAACAAUUACAAUAUCACCCCUGUGGAGGUGCCGUUUGGAGGGUACAAGGCUUCAGGUAUCGGAAGAGAAAAUGGUCAGGUGACCAUCGAAUUUUACUCUCAGCUGAAGACUGUGUUUGUGGAGAUGGGUGAUGUGGACAGUCUUUUUUGAAUGUAAGCCAGAUGCUCACAAUAUUUUUGAUUCCAACUGUAACCUAAAGACUGCAUACUUCCUUUAUUAUUUUUUAAUAUAUGUUAAUACCCAACACUAAAGGACAACAUUUUGCCCUUUUAAUACUUUCUGUCAGGGAAUGACAGCUGUCUUUGAAUAUUUCACAACCAAGUGCCUGUACAGAUUGUAUGAUUCUAAAUUGAGUGUAUAAAAAUAGACUCAUCUUUUAAAGAAUUGCUGUUGUCAAUUAUACAAAUAGAUGCUUUAAUGGAAAGGUUUGGUUUAUUUACCAAGCUUUUUAGGCUAUGACAUUUCCCAUGAUG